AUUGAGUAGAAGAGCAUGUCUAAUAAAAGUACAGCAAAUCAAACCCCAUUUUCUACUCCCCUUUUUCCUCUAUUUGAGUGUUACCAAUUGCAUAGAUAUAAAAUAAAAUAAACAAGUAUUGGGAUACUCUUCCAGAGUAAUUUUAGACUAUUUCAGCCAGCCACAUCAUGGUUACUGAAAAUAAUCUGUCAUCAUUCUGUUCGUGUCGCUGUGAUUCAGGCAAAUUGAUGAACAUAUAAAAGGUAUAUAUAGCUGAAGAUCUGAUAACCUGUGGUGUAAAGAGCCCAGUCAAGGACAUCGAUUGGUUUUCCAUGUAACAAAUUUUGAACUAAGCAAUAAGCAUGCCAUUCAAUAAAGGAGAAAGAAAAAAAAAAGGGUGUGUGCUUAUUUUAUAUAGUAACAAAUUGACAGAUGAUUUAAAGGGAACAGGGCUGUGAUAGCUGUGUUUUUUGGUGGGGUUUGAAAAUUGAAGUCUAGAAGCAGGCCUUGCCUAUAUUCUCAGUCAAAAUGACAUGAUUUCAUAAAAGAUGCAUUUAUUUAUAUAUAAAUCAACAGAAAAAGAAGGGAAAGAUCUUUUAUAAAGAGAGGAUUUGGGUGGUAGAGAGGUUAAAAAACCUUCCCUACAUUGGGUCACAUUGAAUAAUUACGCUUCCAACACCUUAUUAUCACCAAUCCAUGUUAGAGGAAUCAUGAAAGCUGACAAACAUGAUACACCUAGAACAACCCCUUUUGCUUUCUCUUCCAAUCAAAGUUUAUACCCAUCAACACAUUACAAAAAAUAAAAACAAUUCAAAGUUACACACUCUUAAGAAGCAAUCCUUCCAAUCCCCCCAGAUACCCUCCACUUCAACUCUCUCUUUCUAUUUCUCUAUCUCUCUCUGUGUGCUAAAAUGGCCAACUUAGCCUAUUCAUAUAUGCUUUGGUUAAGCAUUCUAGUAUGUGCUUGCAAUGUACAUGUUAUGGCACAGAGGGUUGGAGGAGGAUCAACCAAGUUCUAUGAUUUUAAGGUACAAACUAAAAGAGUUACCAAACUAUGCAACACCAAGGACAUCAUGGUCGUAAAUGGAAAGUUCCCAGGACCUGUUAUUUAUGCUCAAGAAGGAGAUAGAAUCAUUGUCAAAGUUAUCAAUGAGACACCCUAUAAUACCACAAUUCACUGGCAUGGUAUUCGGCAAAGGCUAUCAUGCUGGUUCGAUGGACCUUCAUACAUUACUCAAUGUCCUAUUCAAGCAGGCCUGAGUUUUACAUACAACUUUACAUUGGAGAAGCAUAAGGGCACUUUUUUCUGGCAUGCUCAUGUUUCUUGGUUAAGGGCUACCGUUUAUGGUGCCCUUGUCGUCUAUCCCAAAUCCGGUGUACCUUACCCAUUUAAAUACCCUUAUCAUGAGCACAUAAUUUUACUAGGGGAGUAUUGGCUGCAGGAUGUUGUAAAGCUUGAGGAUGCCACUUUAGCAAGUGGAGGAAGUCCUCCACCGGCAGACGCCUACACCAUCAAUGGCCAACCGGGCCCCAACUACAACUGCUCCCAGCAUGAUGUGUAUAAGCUGGAUGUGGUCCCUGGGAAGACUUAUUUGUUGAGGUUGAUACAUGCUGGCAUAAACAUGGAGAACUUCUUUGCCAUAGCUAAUCACAAAUUAACCAUUGUGGAAGUUGAUGCGGAGUAUACAAAACCAUUCACCACAGGCCGUGUGAUGCUUGGACCAGGUCAGACGAUGAAUGUCCUGGUCACCACUGAUCAGCCAAUAGGAAGAUACUCCAUGGCCAUGGGACCUUACAUGUCAGCCAGGGGUGUCUCAUUCCAGAACAUUUCAUCCAUUGCCUAUUUCCAAUACUUAGGCGCUAUGCCUAAUAGCUUAUUCUUACCUGCUAAAUUACCAAGCUUUAACGAUAAUCUAGCAGUUAAGUCUGUCAUGGAUGGACUAAGGAGCCUAAACUCCGGUAAUGUUCCGAAAGUGAUUGAUGCUAAUCUUUUUGUCACCAUUGGAUUAAAUGUCCAAAAGUGCCAUUCAAAAACACCAAAACAAAAUUGUCAAGGUCUAAAUAAUGGGGUUAUGGCAGCAUCGAUGAACAAUAUAAGUUUUGUUAAGCCCAAAAUCUCACUCUUGGAAGCUUACUACAAGAAUAUUAGUGGCUCUUUCACCGAGGACUUUCCUGGAGUACCCGUUAAGUUCUAUGACUUUGUUAAUGGUGCACCUAAUAGUAUUCCUAAUAACACACAGACAUUGACUGGGACGAGAGCCAAGGUCCUUGAAUAUGGUACCCGGGUUCAGCUAAUCCUGCAGGACACUGGGACAGUUUCCACGGAAAACCACCCAAUUCAUUUUCAUGGCUAUAAUUUCCAUGUCGUGGGAUAUGGUAGUGGUAACUAUGACCUGAAAACAGCAAGUUUCAACCUGGAGGAUCCACCUUACAUGAACACAAUUGGAGUCCCAGUUGGUGGGUGGGCUGCUAUUCGUUUUGUUGCUGAUAAUCCUGGAGUUUGGUUUAUGCACUGUCAUCUUGAUAUUCACCAGUCAUGGGGAUUAGGAACAGCGAUCAUCGUCAAGAACGGGAAAGGAGAGCUUGAGACACUUCCUCCUCCUCCUCCAGGACUUCCACGGUGCUAAACUUUAUUUAUUUACUUUAUUUUUUUUGAGUUGGAUUUUGAUAGCAGAGGAUUCUUUUACGAGCGUGUAAUAGUGUAAUAUCCGAGAACAUGAAAUUGUCGGUGUAAAGUUGUUAAGAUUAAAUGGAAUAAAGAAGAUGCAGAUUUAUUUUCUUCAUUCUUGUUUCCUUUUUUUCUCAUUAUUUCUAUUUGAAAGUCUAUAAAAUACCAAGCACGAAUCAUGACGCGUAGGACAAGCGGAUAAUGCAUAACAUCAUAAGCUUAAAAAGUUUGUAAAUCGAAUGCACGAUAUAUUGUUUUGUAGAUCAUGAUAAUACACCCAAUUAAUUAUGAAAGAAAAGAAGAAAUUGUCAUUUUGUCUUAAUCCAUCAUUACCAAAAACCCAUAAUUUCUUUUAAAAAGUUCAUAUAUAGAAGGAAAAAUAAAUAAAUAAUAAAAAGGAAAAAGAAAAAGAAGACCCUGCCGGAAUCCUAUGAAAAUGCAUAAUGUAAAAAGCCUACUGCUAGCAUUCAAAUCCAGAAUUCGUGUAAUCUUAAAGGGUGGGCAAUGGCUCUCUUUUGGGCAU